AUGGGGCUGCUACUUCUUCAAGCCAUGGGAGUCUAUUGUUUGCAUCACAAUUCAAGGAUACCUUUUGAAAGUGCAAUAAGGGUAUUCGACGAUGAAGCCAUGGGAUCGUAUCCAUGGGGUCGCACUGCAUACGAAGUUCUCAUUGACUCUAUUAAAACGUUGGCACCAGAAGGAGGGUCAUACACAAUAAGCGGCAUGACCGUUGCGUUAUUGAUUUGGGCGUAUGAAUCCGUCGCCUGCUUCCGUGAGAAUUUUGGGAGAGUGAUUGAUUCACGGUUGGAAGCUUACAAGUUAGACCGGAACAGACCAUUGAUGGACCAAAAGACCAUUGAUGACAGGGUGAAAGCUUUACUGGAGGAGCGUCUGAAAGUUCUGGGAGUUGGGAAAAUUCCCGAAAACAAUGAUAACCCCUCUCCACCAUCAGCAGAUAAAUCUUUAUCGUUGGCAUCACCGCUGGUUCAAACGCAGCAGAAGUCUGUCAAUAGUCCAGCGUUAGCUGCGACUCCUGGUAAGGUUUUUGGACCGAAAAAGAAUUUGGCCAAGGAGCUUGAUAAGGAAUCAGGGGUCAAAAGGACUUUGGCUGAGGAGUUUGGUAAUGUCGCUAAAGCUACUGAUCUUGAUAGUCAACAUCUUGAUUUCGUAGUAGUUUCUCCUGCAAAGGCUACUAAGGAUGAUAAGGAUGCUAAGGUUCUAGCCUAUGGACGCGGCUGUAGGGGCAGGCGUACUGUUAAGGAUGAGGAUGCCGCUGAUAAGAAAAAAGUAGCACUGGCAGAUGAUGCGUUGAAGAGGAAGGAGAAGGCUGAGGUUGAGUUAAAGAAGAAGCAAGAGGCUGAGCUAAAGAAGCAAAAACAGGCUGAGUCAAAGAACAAAAAGGUGACUCCACCGCGUUCUGGUGUAACAAGAUGCAAGGUACAAAAAUCUGGAGAGGACAGUGUAUUUGCUGAUGUGACUGACGCACUUGUUGCAGAAGAGAACGAAUUCGCGCCAGAGUCUGACGUUGAGAGAUCUGAAGUGGUUAUAUCUGCCGUAAUUAAGGAAUAUCGGGAGAAAAGUGUUCGGUUAUCUCCAAAAGGGUUUUCAAUGACGACAGUUUCUUCACCAGGAGUUUUUCCGUACGUAGGAGAGAAUGGAACGACGUGCAUGAGGAAGAAUGUUACUCCUUCAUCAGUAAUAUAUGACCCUCUAGCACCUGUUGAUCUGGUGCUAUUCGAAAAACUGAUGCAACACAUUAAGGGAAUUCCACCCAAACCACCAGCACCAGCAGAUAAACCAGCAGUCCUCUCAGCUGAUCAUGAGAGUGACUUCUACAGCAUACUCAUCCAUGAAAGACCGUGA